CAAUCCUCGCAUUCUUUGAUUCCUUUGUGAGGCCUCUUUCACCCCAGGAAAGUCACAUCGCAACAACAAACAAGCUUGUCCAUUGGUCACCAUGAGCACCCUUCAUACACUUUCAUCAUCCUAUUGUACAUAAAUCAUUUCUUAUUGUAACCGUAACAUAUAACAUUGCAUCACACUCGCAAGAGAGAGUGUAGACUCUCGCAAAACCCAACAACACAAACUCGACCCAUGCAUCAAAUAACACCUUCAGAACUAGGCUUUUCGUCUUCCGUAUCGCCAACCGACCACCCUCUCGUCUCGACAUCACCCCAAGCAUCACGCAACACUACAUCACAGCUCCCAAUGGCGCCCAAAUCUGGACCCUACGCCGAUCUCACCUCCAACGAGCAGGUCCUUGUGAACCAAUAUAUCGCGGACAUCUGUACCUACUGGCGUCUUACCACGCUAUUGGCAGUGUUCCCCACGGGCCUUAAACCCAAGCGCGGCACCAAGCUGGAAAUCGAUGCGCGAAAUCUACCCAUCGAACUGCUGCGUGAGCUGAGUGAGCUGGCGGCACUAGUACCUGAGCGGAGAGAUGAGGUCAUGGCAGCCUGUAUGAGUGCGAAGAAGGCGAGGCGGGAAGUGAAGGAGGGAUGGGGACGGAGGGGGAAGGAUCAGAUUGAGGUGGGGGAUGUGGUUAGUGCUAGGAGGGUUUUGGAGGCGAGGUUGGUUGUGGAAAGGAAGGAAGCUGAGAAGGAUAUGGAGGUACAAGAACUGUCCAACGGGAAUGGGAAGAGGAAGAGGAAUGAGGACAUCGAGGACCAGCUCCAGGACAAGCGCUCUCGCGUGAGUGAUGAUCACAAUCCGGUGGAUCGCUUCGAUAACAUAUCCAUUGUCGAGGCGGUGAUGUCGCCCCGUAGCGCGCCUGGAGAUAUCUCUUUCGAGCGACUGCCACAAGCGAGCAGCAAUGGAAAGGCAGUCUUCUCACAACGCCACCAUGCUGCUGUCUCGCGCCCCGUACGCCUUCCCACGAACAUGACGGCUCGAAUCCAGAAGAUGGCGAGCACACACACCAUCAAUACUUUGCUGGCAAACACAACUCAACAAAGGCCUGUCGCACGGCCGCAGCAGAACCGUCUUGUUCGACCACAAUACCUCAUUGAGCGACAGCAACUCGAUGACCACCGCAAAGAGCAACCUAUCGUGACAGUCGAUCAGCAGCAGCACGAACUCACUACCCUGGGAGCGCAGGCAACUCAAGCAGCAGCAAUUGCUGUUGGGACCCAUCCACGCGACAUCCCUGGUCUCACCAAUACGCAACGGGCUGCGCUAUGCAGAAUUCGCAUGGCUCAGGCUCAGAAAGCGGGUGAGGUGUACGACUGGCAGUAUGAUAUGGUGUUGAUGGAAGCGUUGGCCAAACGAGACGGAGAGGCGUGUGAAGGUAGGUAGGGCUGCAUGGCUUGGAUUGAUAUCGAACAUGAGCCGUGGAGAAAUCGGAAAUCGUACGAUGUGAGCAAUCGUGAAUGACGUCAGAGCCGUGUCCAACUAUCGCGGCUUCCUCACCGAGUAUCUCCCCUCAUCUCCCCCGUCCACCCUCGCCUUCGACAAUCGCACUCCCUUCGUACGAAUCCACCAAUCUACGACCACACGCCACAAUGACGCGCGUCCUCCACACCCCGCUCGUGCGCCUCGCCCAGCCUACAAU